GUCCAUCGAAUUGAAUACUGUUAUCAUACGGUACUCCUCCCAAUCCGAUGCCCGACGUGCCCGCGGUAUACGGUACCGGUACGGUGGUGGCCUACGGUGCGCACGGUAGCCCGAUCAGUCCGGUCCGGCACUAUGCUACUGUGUAUACGAUACGUCCAAAUAGUAAAUGUUAAUCUACCAGAAUGGAUAACCUCGUUACCGGUAUUGUGGUUGAGGGCUAGUAUAGAAAGUUUCUCUCUUUCUUUUCUUCAGCAACACCCGUCAUUUGCAUGGUUGAUGUUGAAGCAAACGGGAGAUCAUGGAUUACGAGUACCUUAGAUGGGGUCGAGACCGUUGCAACAUUGCCCUUUAUCUAGGUUCCAUAGUAUUUUGAGUCCCGUGGAUAUGAUGAAAGGCCCCCUUUCUUCUUUUUUUCUUUUCUGAUAUCGUGCCUCCACAAACCGGGUCUCUUGAGCUCUUCUAGUUUUGCCUCGCCUCACCUUUUUUUCUUAGCUGGUCUUCCUAGCUAGUGCAAAGCCGAGCCUUCUGAAUUGUCUUGAAUUUCGGUGGGUUCCGUUCGGAGAGUUUGCGGUAGUGGAAUUUGGCUAAUAGGGUGGGCUCUCGCCGGAAGAGCUCCUCCUUGGGCUGUUUCGGCUUUUACAGGUAUCGGGAAGAUUGAAUAAAUUGAAUAAUGCUAUUCGGAGAUACCAUCCGCUCUGUGCCUCUGCUGUUGAUAGCAUUAGCUGUCGGGGGUGUAUUAACGUCCGCCUUUAAGAAGGUUAGGGAGAAUUGGAAAAUACAUAAACUUGGCGGUAGAGCUAAGUCGGUUCCUUGCCGGCAGUUUCUGUUCGGUAAUCGAUGUCUUCCGUUCCUAUAACGGGGCCGUACCAUAGGUGUUAAUAGUGUUUGUUAGGACUCGAUAUAGUUGCAAGAGCGUUUGUAGCUUAUAAAGCUAAUAAGAAUAUGGAGCUUUGGAAGAGCUGGUUCAAGGUAGCGGGUAGUCACACUAUCGAGGCUAACAUUAUCGGCAUGAGAGCUAUUCUCACGGAAGAUCCGGAGAACAUAAAGGCUGUGUUAGCUUCACAGUUUCACGAUUACGGUAUGUUUGCCCCGUUCUCUAGUCCCACUCCGAAUCACAAUAGAGCUGAUGUGAAUAGGCAAAGGAGAGCCCUUUCGCAGGGAUUGGAAACCGUUCCUUGGUGAUAGUAUCUUUACUACCGAUGGCCAACUCUGGCAUGCCUCCCGUCAGUUGAUUCGUCCGCAAUUCAUCAAGAAUAGAGUCUCGGAUUUAGACAUCUUUGAACGCAAUGUAUCGCACAUGCUCGAGUAUAUACCUGGAGAUGGUGCUACAGUAGACAUCUCCGACCUCUUCUACCGCUUCGCUCUUGAUACUGCUACCGACUUCUUGCUCGGCCACAGUGUUGAUAGUCUUGGAAGCCCACAGGUUGAAUUUGCCCGUGCCUUUGACGAUAUUCAGAAGCACAUGAGCAUCAAGUCUAGGGUUGGCCCUUUGAGUUGGAUAUUCCCAGAAAGAAAGUACAAAAGGGACCUAAAAGUUCUCAACUCGUUUGUUGAACCAUAUGUCGAACAAACGUUGGAGAUGAGGCCUGAAGAAUUGAAGAGCAGAAACGAAAAGAGUUAUAACUUCCUUCACGCCCUCGCCGAAUUUACUAGGGAUAAGCAAAUGCUCAGGGAUCAGAUUGUUGCUGUUCUCCUCGCUGCUAGGGUGAUUAAUACCUGCCUUUUUGCUUCUAAUGUAAGAUAGUGAAUGAGAGACUAACUAUGGUAUUAGGAGACCACUGCUGUCACACUUAGUUGGACACUUUAUGAGCUUGCCCGCCAUCCAGAACUCGUUCAGAAGCUUCGAGAGGAGAUUUUGGAGAGACUUGGGCCAGGUGGAAAGCCUACUUAUACGGACUUGAAGGUGAUGAAGUAUUCACAGCGCGUUAUCAACGAGACAUUGAGACUUUAUCCUGCUGGUAAGAUUGAUAGCUUAAUUGAAACCAACAUCCUACUGACAUUCAGUGGUAGUGCCGUUCAAUGUACGCAUGUCAUUGAAGGAUACAAAUCUGCCGCGUGGAGGCGGGCCAGAUGGUCUUGAUGUAUGUGCUCCAUACUUGCUGACUAUUGUUUGCAUUCACUAAUUGUCAAUAGCCUGUUGGGAUGCCGAAACACACCAUUUUCGCUUACUCGACAUUGACUAUGCAACGCAGAGAGGACCUCUUCGGGCCAGAUGUUGAAAAGUUUGAUCCGGAUAGAUGGGAGAGAUGGUAAGGAAAGAUCCGACCAGGACGAUUUUUUUACUUCUUUCCCUUGUCUAACAAGCAAACCUGUAGGGCACCAAAGAGUUGGCAGUAUAUCCCGUUUAACGGUGGUCCUAGGAUCUGUGUCGGCCAGGAAUUUGCCCUCACAGAGAUGUUGUAUGUCCUCGUGAGGAUCUUCCAACGGUUCGGAGCCGUUGAGUCCAGGCAAACAGAAGAGCAAUACCAGAGCUGCAAUAUUGUCAUUUCUCCAGGCACUGGUGUUCCAGUUUCCUUCAAGCCUGCGAGGUUUCCCGAACCAGAAAUAACUACACGGUAGUGAUUUGCUUGUAUUGGUUCAUUAGUUCAGAUAGUACUUCAAAUCUCCCCUCUUACUCUCUUUUGUGUGCAGUGGUGCCUUGUGUUUUUAUUUUACUUCGUUUUUUGUACCAUAUAUCAUGCACUUGAACUACCAGUAUCCCUUCCAUGGGUCAGACGAUGGGACAAAGAGAGAUCCUUUUGUAUUCCCUUUUAGUGCGCGCGAAAAUCGGUCCUGUAAGCACCGGCAAUCAGGGAGCGUUACGGUUCCUGGGGGAAUAGAACCGGGGGGUCAAGGGACCUUGUGGUUUCGCACGGGCCAGGCUGCUGAAAGUGGUUUUCCGGAAGGAAAAUGUGGGAUGCGGACAUAUGACAUGAUUGCGAUAGGCAUUGGAUGGAUAUUCGGUAUGGGCGGGUGAAGUGAGUGGGUGAGCAUGGGAUGUUGAAUCAGAUCAAAGUGUGGUUUUCCGUUUUAACCUGAGUUGUUCCAUGGAAUGACAGUGGGCAUGGGUGUUUGAUGAGCAAAUGUGAGACAUGCCGCGCGAAUUUGGUGCACUUCGCUUUGUAAGUUGAGACAAUGGUCUUGAAUAAUGUGUGAUAGCGAGGUAGAUAGCGGGAGCCUAUGGUUUCAUUCCCAUUUCUCGAACAUAGUAUCGACACGGCUAUCGUUGAAGCGGGGUUUUACAACGGGGAGAUUUUGUCACCACCGGCCGGAAAGCCUUUGUGUGGUGCGGGUAACCUCACUGGUCGGUAGGUGCAUGUAUUCGAAUACUCGAACGCUGGAUUACAGUAUACUAGCUGCGGCAUAUCGGAUGAUUGUGGCUGUUCUUCGG